CCUUCCUUUGUUGUCGAUACCAAUUCUCUCUUUGGAACCAAUAUUUUGCAAACAAGUUAGCUAGUACGGAGUAAAAUACAAGAAUAUUGAUUUCCGCAUUAUGUUUUCAUGACAGCGUUCAUCUUGCAAAAUGGCCGCUAUGGUUGAUCGGGAUUCUACGGAAGCUGUAUUAUCAUGCGGGAUGACUCAGUCAUUAUCGAUUAGAAUUAAGGAAACAUGACAUUACGAAGCUUUUGAGACCUUUUAUGGAGUAAUGUGGUGAAAUGAAAAAGGAAAAAUAAAUUUGUGUUGUAAUUAAAUUACGGAUUUAUUUGUAGUUAUUAUGAUGAUUUAUUUGUUGAAAUAUGACUGAAUGAUUUAAAACAAAAAUGAAACGAGAUUUAUUAUUUAUAUUGUUGUUGGAUUUAUUAUACUGGGCAUACGGUGGGCCUCCAGUGUACGUAUCAAAUGGCACACACAUUGUCAGUUACUCGAAAUUUGGAACGGGAGCACAAUCGGUUCUAGGACAGAGAGACUAUCGUAUAGUUGGAUUAGCGAUAGAUGUUGCCAAAAACAAAUUGUUCUGGUCCGACAUCAGUUUUGAGAAGACAAACCGUGGUAUCUAUACCAGCGAUCUUCAAGGCCAAAAUAUCACACGAAUUGUCUAUGACGUCGGGGAGGUUAAUGGUUUAACAGUAGACUGGGUAUCACGUCAUAUAUACUGGACUGACCUGGAACGGAAAACGAUCGAGGUUUCAAACUAUGACGGUUCAGCCAGGAGGAUCAUUGUAUCGUCUGACUUGAAGACCCCCAGAGCCAUAGUGGCGUCACCUAUAUACGGGUAUAUAUUUUGGGCUGACCAGAGAAAUCACCGUAUUGAGCGUGCCUGGCUGGAUGGCUCUCAUCGUCGAACAGUGGUCAAGUCUUCCUCGUAUUUUCCGAACCAGCUAGCCAUUAGUAUCAAAGACAAACAGCUGUACUGGGUAGAUACUUGGGAACAUGCCGUUUUUUCGAGCAAACUAAACGGCAAGAAGUGCAAGAAACAAGUCAACCUUGAACAGGUCACCAAGGGAUCCCCAGGCUUCGGACUUCUUGUGUUCGGAAACACGGCAGUAAUCAGCACAUGGUUUAAUACCGCCAUAUACUCCCUUAUGCUGAACUCAAAGAAGCUUAUCUGGCAGCAGGAGGUCACAAAUCUUGGAACAAGGGAGCUGUUCAGCCUGAUAAGCCUUAACCCAGCCACACAACCAAUGACGUAUCACCCUUGCCUUGAGGAGGAUAACGGCGGAUGUUCACAUCUGUGUCUUCCAACUCAUAAAACACAGUACGUAUGUGCUUGUCCAACAUACGGUGGCUUGGCGUUAUCUUCAGAUGGUAAAACCUGCAAAGUACCGGAAGAGGCCCUGAUGAUAAGUAUGGAGGAUACUGGUAAUCUGGGAUUCAUUGCUAUUGAUCAUGGAUGGAGCACGGAAGUUCAUUUGAUUAGUUCGUCAAAAUCUCCAGGGGCAAUUACAUAUGAUCGCAGAGACCAUAUGGUAUAUUGGAGCGACACGGCCGAGGGUACCAUUUAUAGGAGUAGAAUAGAAGGCACUGAAAAUGCUGUGUUUCUGGACAGAACUAACGGAAUAGGUCGUGUGGACGAUUUGUCAUUUAACUCGGUGACCGGAUGUUUAUAUUUUACAAAUGCUGUUCUUAUUGAUGCAAGUUAUGACGGGAAAGUUCAUAGUUUACAUUCUGUAGAAAUGAUAGAAGUACAUACAGAAAACAGAAUAACCAUUCUAAAAAGCGACAAGAAGCCGAUCAGAAUUUUGGUCGAUGAGAUCGGAAGUUACCUGUAUAUUGUGUUAGCUGGUCACUCCCCGGAAAUUGUGCGCACAGAUCUGGAUGGAGCUAAUGCGACAACAUUGUCUGUAAAUGUUUCUGAUCCACUUGCACUGGCUAUUACCGGUGAAAUAUUGACCUUAGCUGAUAGAAGAUACGAAAACAAUAGUGUUGAAACAGCUCUAUUGAAAUAUAACACCGUAACAGAGGAAGUGAUUGAAACAGUUGUGUUAAAUAAGACAACAUACAGUAUCGCGACAAGCACAAGAGAACUAUUUCUUGCCGAUGCUGUACAAAGUUCACUAGUGGUGUAUAAUGGUACGGAACAACAUACAUUAUUAGAAUACGGAAUGGUCGCCGAUCUUGUCUACACAGUAACAGACCCAGAAACAGAAGAUCAUAUAACUAAAUGCAUAAAAGCGGGAUGUAGUCAUGGAUGUGUACCUUUACCAAGUCUUUACCCCGCCGACGUAAGAUGCGUUUGUCCGUCCCAGAGCAGUCUCGUACUUCAUAGUGACCAAAAGAAUUGUAAAAGGCCAGACAACUUCCUGCUAUAUGCUGACAUCAACAAAAUACAGAUGCUAAGUUUAGAUAAGGACCUGUUCUCGCAAGCUAUUACCAUAUUUUACGGUGACGGGCAGGCACAUAUUGCAUCUCUGGCCUACGACGAAAGUAAAGAACGUGUUUACUGGGCAGACAGGCAAAGCAAGUCUAUAUAUUUGUCGCACCUUCAUCAGAUAGAACCCAUCUUGGUUUAUAAACAAGAUGACCCUCUUCAAGAGAUGAUAUUUGAUCCUCGGCGCCAGCGUCUUUACUGGUCAAGCAAGUUUGAAAAUAGUUUGGGUUAUUAUAUUUCAAGUCUGAAUAUGAAGCGAGGAUUGGAUUCAUUGCAGACCUUAUUUUCGUAUCACAGAACUAUGAAGUCAUUGUCUUUGCAUCCGAAGGGGAAAUGGUUAUACUGGAUAGAGGAGGAGACGGAAUUUGAAGCUGCGGGAAUCGGUUCUUGUAAAUCUAAACCGGAAGUUCGUUAUAACAACGUUUUAGAGGAGGGGUUGCAGUCACCAAACAGCCUCUUUGUCACAAAAGACAAGCUUUAUAUUGCAGAAAAAGGCGGCAAAAUACUUGUGGUCAAUCUGGAAGGAAAGAUCAUGGAGGUGAUAUAUCCAGAAUCACCGGACAUUAAUUACCUGAUUGUUCACCAGAACGUCUUCAUUGUGUCUGAUACGAAGGAAAAUCUUAUUAAAGUUACCGAUAUUAAAACCGGUGUUUCCAUGGUUUUAGCAGAUCAUCUGGACAAACCGUCAGCAGUUGCAUUCCAUUACUCUUCCCUCCAGAUGGACGCAUGUGAUCAAAGUGAAUGUACGGAUAACUGCAUACCUCUGCUGCGCAAUGAUUAUGUUUGCACAUGUUUAAAUGGAAAAGCCCUACUGGAUGACAGAAAAACGUGUAUCGAAGUUCCUAGUACAACAGUUACACAAAUAACCUCUACAACGACAGUUAGAACAACAACUCCGAAAACAACAACAUCAACAACCACAACACCAACGCCGGAAACCACAACAACAACACCGGAAACCACAACAACAACAACAACAACUUAUAAUCCAGUCAAGAUUAAAUGGUUUACCUACACAUCUACGGAGACGUCCUCGCUAUCCGAAGUGAUCACCGAAGUAGAUAAAGCUAGAAACACGUCAUCCAUAACCUUUGUAAGGCUUGAGUCAAGUAGCCAGUCUACAGAGUCUAAAGCGUUUGAAGAACACACUGGUGAACCAAAACCGACACAGUCUACCGAGGAGAUCAUAUACGUAACUGAUGAAUCUUUAGAACACGUGACUGCACCAGAUGAAAGUAGGGCUUACAAAAUAGUACCUCAUGAUGAUGUAAAAGUAGAGCCUAUAGACUACCCGUAUUUUGAGAACUGUCCUGGAGAGACCAUUAUAGCCAGAGUUCCCAGCACAGACAAAGUUUUAGAACUUCCAAUUAAACCUGCUGGCUAUGAUAGCAACGGAUCGCCACUACCACUCCACUGCGACAAGGAGAUGACAGAAUCAGGCGUGAUAAUACCAUGGAAAGGGGACGAGUCAGAAAGCCGCCAAAAUGUUACAUUCUUCGUUACCGAUUCACUACAUCAGAAAACUAAAUGCACAUUUACUGUAAUACUUCAAGAUGUGGAUCCGCCAAAAUUCACCUUUUGUCCCGAUACCGUAAAGGUUCGCACAGACGAACGGUCAGCAAUUGUUAACUGGACUCUACCGGAGGCUGUUGACAACGUCAAACUAAAGCUUACACAAAGUUCGCACUCACCUGGGAAUCAUUUUGGUCCAGGGGAGACUAGGGUCAACUAUACAGCAAUUGAUAUAGCUGGGAAUACAGCUGCCUGCUUGUUCAGUGUGUUUGUUUUACAUGAUCAUGUCUGCAACCUGCCCGAUAUCCAUCACGGUGGAAUAAUAUGUAACCAUGGCGACGGCGUAACUGGCGAAUGUAAGGUCAUUUGUGAGGAGGGUUAUGUUCUAAAUCCAAUCAGAACUUUUAGACGCAUGUUCAACUGCAGACAUCCAGAUGACAUUGAUGCACUUAACAAAAUCAUGUCGACGCAAGAACCAUGUUUAAAACACGAUUAUCCAUCAUUGUUAAGGCAGAGGUUUAGCUUUAUGGUAAACGGUCCGAUUAGCCUUCACAAGACAAAGGUCAGAGAUGACAUGAAUCUUGCAAUCGUCACUGAUCUCGAGGAGGAAAAGCUUUGUAUCGAUGACGUUUGCCAGCUUGGUAAUAUAAGCAUACAGUGUGAUGAAGAUGUGAUAGUUGAUGAGAAUGAAAAUGGAACGUGUUUGGAUGAAGAGAAAAGAAUGGAGUUCUUCAUUAGUUUUAACAUAACUCUCUCAAACAGUACUGGAGUAGAUGUGGAAACACUUCUGCAUGAUAUCCACCUCGAGCUGAUAUCACUGGCCUCCUUAUUGCAACUGCAGAUAGAAGGUCACAUGUAUAUGGCUAUUGCAGAAAGUUUAUCAAAGACAGAAGGUGUUUGGACAUGCCCAGUUGGACGAAUACAAGAAAAUGGCAUUUGUAUUUCCUGUCCUCCUGGAACGUUCCACAACAUAACCUUGAACGUUUGUCAGUACUGUACCAUGGGGUAUUACCAGGACAACAACGGUCAAAUAGCAUGUCACAUGUGUGAUCCUGGGCGGACAUCACCAGAUGGGGCUACGUCUAGUAACCAGUGCCAUGCCAUACCAUCUAUGGACGAGAUGACCCUGUUUAUUAUCGUGACCACGUGCUCCUUUGGAGUUGUGUUCUUGUGUAUGGCAAUUACACUAUAUCUGCAGUUCCAACGCCAGAAGAAACGCAACCAACAAGCAAGUUACCAGAAGAAAACACGCUACAACAUGUCACCAAACGUAUACGUAGCACCGCCUCCAAUUUUGAAAUCAAAACUUGAUGAAAAUUAUUCAUCUGGGCACAAAACAUACAGCAUUGACAGGAAGAAGCCAAUUAACAUGUACGCCAAUCAUGACUAUGAAGAUGUAGAAAGAAGCCCUGUUACUGGGCCACUGGCCGCUUAUCAGAGUGACUUGCUCACUAUGUUGCAGGGACAGAGUCUUAGUCGGGACUAUUCCCCAGGAGAAGAAGUUCCAACUGGAACAUUAUCCCGAGAAAAUACCUUCUCCAACCCUACUUAUUCACCUCAGUUUGGGGUGCGUAGGGGCGACAAUGGGUCUUUAACACGUGGGAUGAACACCCCGUCGCCAGGACCCCAAAGAAAAAUGUCUUAUGACAGUACAUUUUCCAACCAGUCACCAAGAACAAUCCGUUCUCAAAGAACACCGACCAGCGAUACACCUUUAAUCACACAGUCGCCUCUACUGAGAUUAAAACUCGCAGCUUAUAACCUCAAUCAUGAAGAUUAGACUAGACUGUCAGUUCUUCAUAAACAUCAACUGAUUCUUCCUUUAAGGACCAAUAUUAGAGUCUACAUCUCGAUGUUGUGAACACAGCAUUUGAUAGAUAUAACCAUGAUUAACAAACGAAAAAAAAUGUCUGAGAUCUGUGAUUAUCAUUCCAAGACCAAGCUUAUAAUUAUAAUCAUUACAGAAAAUUAUGGGAAAUGUUUGGGAGGUAAAAAUAUACUGUAAUCACCAUAGAGCGUCAAAGAAACGGAUAGGGGGAAAGUAACAGAAUCAUUAAGUAUUAUUUUAGAAAUGAUAUAUGUUUCAAUGGCAAGAUUAAUUCCGUCUCACUAAAUGGAGAAAUGUUUUAAUGUAGUUGGAAUGUCGAGCCGAAAGAUGCACUACAGGUAUGACAUGACAUGCAUGUAUGGAAAACUACAAGGUUUGUGAAUUGUCUUCUUGGGACGACUGGAGCCGUAUAUAAAGAUAUUUACCUGUUUGAUACAGCGUUCUUUCUUAUGUCCAAAAUAAUCACUUCACUGUCAUUGUCAAAUGGUAUUUUCUAUUAAUGCGCAAUUUGUAUUUGUGGUGUAAGAAUAAUUCAUACAUAGCAUAUAUGAAAUGAUUAAUGUACCUCAAAAGAAUAAGUAUUUUGUCAUUUAUUCAUUCUAGCUAGAUGUGCAAUUUGAUAUUUUAUGUAAUCAUAUUAAAUUUCUUUGUUGUAAUAAAGUUCAUUUAUUGGUUAAAAUCGCAGGAAUCCGUAAUGUAAAAUGUAAUCGUGGGCAAGAUGCACUUUAUAUCACAUACUCGCCUUUUCAACAGGACUUACAAAAAUACUAAUUAGUUUCGCUGAUGAUCGGCUCAUCGAUGCAUUUGUAAAGUUAAAGGUUUGUUACUUGUUGGACGUGCAUUUUAUAGUUUUUCUUACUGUUAAUUUAUAGCCAGUUUUGUCAACAAGAACUAUAUACGCUAAAGUAAAAGAAGACCUUUGACUGAACAGUGGAAGGUCCAGACCAAGAUCAGCCAGCACAGAGGUGCAGGCUUAUCUUUUUCUGCACUUUUCAAAAAGGCAUAUUUACUUGUUGUCAGCAGGUUAAAGGUUAAAAGCUGAAAUGAGAAACCUUGUCAGCUAGGUUAGUGAUAUAAAAGGCGAUGAAGCCAGACUAAACAAAGAGUGACGACUAAUAACCGAAUACCCAAUCAAUUAGAGGCCUUUGAACGGAACAACGGCAAAACUACAUCCCUUUAUAUUGACGAAGCGAGAUUAUCAUAGUAACAACAUACACUUAUCAGCGGAUCAUGGGUAAAACCUGUAUUUCCGUAUUUUAUUAAAUCCAAAUGAAAAGCGCGUGAAGUCGCUUUAUUUAUUUAAUUUAUAGACUUGCAUUUUGCACUGAGUCAUUUCAUUUUCAAGUAUACCACCAGUUAGGGGUCUUAAUGUAUUGAUAAAGCAAACAUAUAUUUGGCUAAUUACUUUAAAUUUACUUUAAAAAACUAACAGUUCGCUCAUCCAUUACAUUUAUACUGUCAUUGCUUAUAUAUUAUUAACAGUCAAAAAUCUUUUUUAGUACAUAAUAUUUGUGUUCUUCAUUUAUCAAACCGUUACACAUAUGUAAUAAAUGGUCAUACGUUUUUUUAGAUUUCUUACUGUCACUUCUGCAUUAAACGUCAUUAUAACCAUUCUGAAUGUAAACGUUUGAUUGAUAUCUACUGUAUAAUACUGUUCUGCCUGUGUAAUUGUUUGUUCAGUUUAUAAAAGUGCAUAAAAAUUAUAAGUAUUGUGAAAUUGUAUAAACAUGAGAUGUAUACAAUAUUUUGUAUUGUGUGCUUUUUACAUUCUGCAGUAAUAAAAUGAGUCUUAUGGUGUC